UUGACUAAGGGACAUAACAAUGAUCAAUCCACUACCCAGACAUUAUAGCGAUAUGUAUUAAUUAAGUUUUAAUUUAAUUUUGGUUUUGGACGUUUUAACAGAAUCUGUCAUUUCCGUGUAAAGAAGUGGUCAAGUCAUUUUUUUGGUUACGGAAAAUGGAAAUCGAUCCUUGCAACAUUUUAUUCCAAGAAACGUUUACGCCGUAUGGUUUGUGCUACUCGUUCAAUAUGAUGCCCAUGAGAGAUUUAUUGAACGGUGUUGACGAAUGGUCACAAGAGUUCAAUAACUAUAGUUGGAAAAAGUAUCAUAGUAGCUGGAAACCGGAUACCGGAUAUAGUAGCGAUGCACUGACUGAUCAUUUGCCACUGAGAACGUACGGCGAUGGUGACUAUCACAGUGCUACUAUGAAAUUAGAACUUCAUGCCGAGGAUAUGAACAAAGAAUGUGCACAUGGGUUGGAAAUAUUCUACAUAUUGAUCCAUAGUCCAGCUGAAUGGCCUAGCAGGUCACAUCCGACAUUAUUAGCCAGCUCCAAUAUGAUUUCGACUAUUUCAAUUAAACCGUUUGUGCUUACGACCGCCAAAGAUUUAAUACCGUGGGAUUCCAAAAUAAGACAUUGUUACUUUCAAAACGAGAGUAAACUAAAAUUUUUCAAAGUUUACACUAAGAACAAUUGCAUCUUAGAGUGUCGCAGCUUUAGUACAUUGUCGCAGUGUGGUUGUGUGCCGUUUUUCUAUUUAAGAAUGAAAAACACGCCAGUUUGCGGUCCCGCUAAAAUGUCUUGUUGGGUGACUGCUUCACAGGCUUCGUCAGAUUCAUGUGAUUGUUUACCGGGGUGUACAGAAUUUUUUUUCAAAACGUCGUCAAUGAAUGCGCAGCUCACGGAAUCUGUUAAAAAAGAUAAUAAAAGUAACCCGGCAUCUAGUUCGUUGAUAUUAAGUGUUUAUUAUCAAAGUAAAAAUUUCAUUGGAUAUAAUCGAAUAUUGACUUUUACGUUAGGUCAAUUUAUGGGUAACGUGGGUGGAAUAAUGGGAUUGUGCUUGGGAUUUAGCUUUUUAAGUUUGGUUGAAAUUAUUUAUUUUUUAACACUCAGACCAUUUGUAAACUUUUGUAACUCAAAAAAGAAAUUGAAAAAAGUUGUUCCUACACACAUAUUGAGGGAAGAGUAAGAAGAGUCGAAUUAAUCUAAUUUAGUUAAAUUAAACAUCUACAGUAAUAAUCAUAUUAUGUCAGAUAUCGUAUCAAAAUUGAAGACAUGUACGCACAUUCUAUCUACACAAUGAAACACAUCAGUUUUUACUUUAUAUAUUUAUUAUUAGAUUCGCUGUAUUUAUUUAUGAUACAUUUGUAUUGCACUAAAUUUAAAAUUAUACAUAAUAAUUUAUAUUAAUAAUUUGUUAUGAUAUUGUUAAGUGCGAAAUCAAUUUGUAGUUAACACUUUAAAGUUUAUGUAAUUUAAUACUAAGAAAACAAUUAUUUUUUGAACCCAAUAUAUUUAAAAUUAUUAAAAUUAAGUUAUAAGUUAUAUUAAAAAUCUUCAAUUCAUACUUUUAAAGUGAUUCCUAAAAGGUGAAUCUUUUUUUCUCUUGUUCAUUAGUCUACAUGUACUUUUUACUUUUGUCUUUGUACAGUUAAAAUAUGUUAAUAACAAUAAACACUUAUUUUAAUUUUUGACAACAAUAUAUAAACAUUAUUGUAAAUAUCACAAUCAAUUUUUGCACAUUUGGUAUUGUUGAUAAAAUUAUAACUUAUAACUUUAACCGAUUAGAUAGAUAGACAGUAUGAUAUAAAACAAGUUAUUAAAUAGCCGUGGACUCUAUACAAGUAGGAUAGUUAAAAUAGACAAUUAUAAUGAAGCUACUGAGGUAUGCAUGUAUUGUUAUUUAACACGAUGAAUGGAGUGAAUAAAUACAUUUUGAAAAGAUUAUUAUUAAAUCAUGUAGGCCAUCGAGGUUUAAUGUUGCGCAUGACUACGAUCCAUCACAUAGGUGGAACUACGUAGAUUAUUGUCUCAAAACAGUUUGAAAACCAUUUCUAAAAAUAAAUUUAAAAGCAUUAAAUUGUAUUUAAAUAUUUAAAGCAAUGAUACGGAUUUAAUAAGUAGGUAAUAACAAUAGCAUUGAAUUAAAUAAAAAAUAAAAAUAUCGAAAAUGUUGAAAAUAGCUUCAGUAUUGUUGAUUAUAAUUUUAGCGUAUUUUUCCUUGUGUUUAUAAUCGCGUAGGCAAGUCAAUAAUUGAAUAAUUUAUUUAAUUCUUAUUAAUAAUG